AUGAACAACACCGGCAAAGACGACACCGGCAAGGCCAGAUUGCCUACAGAGGUCAUUCUGCUCAUCAUCGAGAACUUAAUUUCGGAAACAACUUAUCGUCGUCCAAUUCUUCGUGCCUCAGAUGUUAUCACAAAGACACUCCUCAACUUGACCCUGGUCUCCAAGGCGGUCUAUCCUACCGCAUCGCGACUACUUUGGCGAAAUUGCCUCCGAAUUCAAUCAACAAAAAGUUUGCACCUUUUCCGUGACUUCAUCUCGCGAGAGAGUGUCGUCACUGGCCGGAAGCCAUGCGAAGCUUAUGGCUUUACUAAGCUGUUCCUUGCUCCAUUCAAGAUGGAUGACCAUGUGCCUUUCCUUUUCGGCGAAGAAGAAGGCGAGUUGCCUUCUGACAUCCUAGGACGGCCGUCUGAAUAUCCCUAUUGCCGAGAAUUGGAGGACCAUAACAUCAUCGAAGUUCUGCACGAGGUUCUCAUCACAUUGGCACCAGUCCUCAGUGGCAUCAUCGUGGACAUGCCCCUUCGGCGUAUAAAUCCCCUAUUCGAAGACUCUAGAGACAACUUCAGUCUGAUCAGAGAGGGGUUUGAGGCGCUGGUCAAUGUCGAAGAGCUUGUCAGCAUCAAUGAUGAGCUCUGGCUGCCUACUGUAGGGCCAGAGGCUUGGACCAAAUGGCCAAAGCUCAAGCGUUUGGCCCUCUACAAUGUCACAGCUGGUCCCGAGCUGUGGAAGGACAUGAUUUCAUGCCCUCAAUUGGAGAUGGCCAUUUUUACUCGCGUGGAUCGUACGGAGAUGGAAUUGUGGCAAGUAAACAUCAAGGACCAAUGGUCUAGAGCGUGGACCGAAGCGUCCCUUCAAAAGACGCUGAGCUUCGAGGACAGAGUACCAUACCAAGGACGAAAGGUCAUCAUAGCGCUGUGUGACUGGAGAGAAGAACUUCCCCGUUUCGGCCACUUCACUGAAAGCUGGGAAAGGUUGGACCCCGACAAUCGCAUCUGGAUCAUGCCUACACCAGUAGGCCCGGAUGACGUAGGAAGCUACUCGCGCUACUUUCCCAAACUACCGAGGGUUUGGACUUUACAUCGUGCUCUAAGGGGCUCACUAUGGGACGAUGUAUAUACAGGACGCUGCGAUUCAAUUUUAACAGACGCUCAGCAUACAUAA